CAAUCAGAGCCCAUGUAUUUCGGCAAAGCCAAGUGCUUCCCGGAACAUCGCGAAUUUCGUCAAGACUCCCAACACCAUCCGAUUCAACCCACCCCCGAACGAUCAUCGCCUCGCCGACCGCAACGAAGCACACUUGCCACCACUCGAGACGUGCGAAUUGACAGACGAAAUUCAAAAUGGCCGCCGCUCGCCCCUUCUACUCCGCUAUCUUCAAGAACAACUUCUCCAUGCUCGGCUUCGUCUUUGCGACGGGCUUUGCUUUCGAGAUGGGCUUCAACGGUGCGAUGAACAAGUACUGGGACUACCUGAACCGCGGCCGCCAAUGGAAGGAUAUCCGCCACAAGUACGUCGAGGCUGCCGAUGACGACGAGGAAUAGACGAAAUCUACGACUGUACUGGGGGGGGCGUGAAAUAGAGGACGAGGGGCCUUCCUUUCCUUUUCAGAGCUUUGGCUUGGUAGAGGGGGGGUUUCCUUAGGCGGGCGUGUAUUUUGUACCGAUAGACGGAAGGGCGUGUAGAACAUCAAGCUACCUUUCUGCAUAUUACCUACAUUCGAGGUUCCCCUUUUGCUUUUCGUGAGAGAUGGACGUGGUGAGGAUCUAGUAGGGUGUGCGGAUUGCAAACUACUUGUCCCGUCAGUUGCUGAGGUUUGGUUGCAAUAAGGUUCCCUUCGAGGCUCUCUGUUGCAGCUGGAAAGUGGACAUGAAGCUACAAACCUGCCUUGCUGGUGGGAGCUCGCUCAAUCAAGCUUCUGCAAAUAUUACAGUCUAAGAAUCGCGUAUAGUACACUCCGGCAGACAGACAACCAGAGCCAUAAUUGAAGUAAUCACAUGGGGAGAGUCAUACAUCUCGCACUCUUGUACAC